UUGCAUUCCAACUAGCAAGUGCGAUAGCAUGUAUGCAUAAAUGUGAUGUUAUUCAUUGUGAUUUGCAUGCUGACAAUGUAUUUGUACACCAGAAAAAGAUAAAACUGACAGAUUUUGGGUUAUCAAGAAAGAUUACCGCAUCAAGUAGUAAUCCAAAUACGUUUGGCUUGAUACCUUAUAUCGAUCCAAAAAGGUUAAAAGAUCGGCAAAAUUAUAAAUUAAAUAAAAAGUCUGAUGUAUAUAGUGUUGGUGUUCUAAUGUGGCAAAUUUCAAGUGGAUAUCAACCAUAUAGAAAUGAAAAUUAUGAUGUAAGUUUGGCCAUAUCAAUAAUAAAUGGAAGAAGAGAAAAAAUUAUUGAUGGAACUCCUGCUGAAUAUAGUAAAUUAUAUACAGAAUGUUGGAAAUAUGAACCACAUGAGCGUCCAAACAUGCAAGAUAUUGUUUCAACUCUUAAAGCUUUGAUUUCUCCUGAUCAAAAUAAGCCUGAGAGCAAUUCGAGUUUGGUAUCUGUUGCCCAACCAAAAAUGCCAGAUGGCAAAUCAAAACCAAGAAAUACCAAGUCAAAAGAACAAGAAAAGUUUAAUACUCAAUACUCGAAAGAGAAAGAGAUAUACAUUGUUGGUAGUAGAAGCAUACUAUUUAGUUUUUUUAAAUCAGAAUUUACAAAAUUAGAAGGUUCCUUAGAAAUAGAAGGCUUUGAAAAUUUAGAAAUUAUUAAUCUGAAGGACCUUAAGUUAAAUAGUUUAAAAAUAAAUGAUUGUUCUCAACUUAACAAGGUUGACUUGUCUGAACUUACUAAACUUACGAGUUUAUAUGUAAGAGAUUGUCCAAACCUAACUACGGAUGAUUGUUCAUUAAUUGGGUUAACCAGUUUGAAAAGUUUGAAAAUAAUCAAUU